AUGACAAACUGGUCUCCGCAGGAAGAUGAAGCCUUAAUUAGGCUUCAUAAGCGGCUUGGUUCGGCUUGGAUAGCUAUUGCGCGGAAAAUUAAAACCAAGAAUGCGAGAGAAUGUGCUGAUAGAUGGCGCAACACACUCAGUCCUGGAAUAAAUUCCGGUCCUUUUACGCUAUUCGAGCGUCAAUUGAUUGUAUAUCUGCAUAAUAUAUAUGGCCCGAGAUGGAGUCGCAUCGCUUCCCAACUUCCCGGACGCACUUCUCAAAAGGUGAAGAAUUGCUGGUACUCAAUGAGACGUGCAGAAGAUACUCGCAUUCGUAAUGAAGCCGUUCGUAGUAUUCGUCAACAAAUGGCGAUAACUCGUCUACUUAAUUGA